AGUUGACGUUCCUGCCGCGCCAUCUUUAGAAAACAGUGAGCUCAACUGUGAAUGAAAAUACGCUUUUCGUCGCUUGUAAGAACCUUUCGCUGUAUAGACUGAAAUUCUUGUUUUUCCAGGGUGUUUGGGAGAAACUAUGGGGAUCAAGGUUCGCCCUCGUUGCUUCUUUGACGUCGGGAUCAGUAAUGUUCUAGUUGGCAGAAUUGUGGUGGAGUUAUUUUCAGACAUCUGCCCCAAAACCUGUGAAAACUUUCGAUGCCUCUGCACAGGCGAGAAAGGCAUAGGCAAAGGAACUCAGAAGCCCCUGCACUACAAAGGAUGCCUUUUCCAUCGCAUUGUGAAAGACUUCAUGAUUCAAGGAGGAGACUUCAGCGAAGGAAAUGGAAGAGGAGGGGAAUCCAUCUAUGGAGGCUUUUUUGAAGACGAAAGCUUUGGUGUUAAACACAACAAAGAUUAUCUGCUGUCAAUGGCCAAUAGGGGCAAAGAUACAAAUGGGUCACAGUUUUUCAUAACAACAAAACCUGCACCUCAUUUGGAUGGUGUCCAUGUGGUUUUUGGUCAUGUCAUUUCUGGCCAAGAAGUCGUUCAAACGAUGGAGAACCAGAAAACGGACCCUAACAGCCGGCCGUACGCUGAAGUGAAAAUUCUGAACUGCGGAGAGCUCAUCCCAAAAUCAAAAGGAAAGAAAGCAGAUAAAAAGAGAGAGAAAGCCUCGUCCAGCUCCAGCGGUGGCUCAUCUAAUUCUGAAAGCUCCUCGGAUUCUUCCUCAGGUUCAGAAGAAUCUGAAAAAGAAUCUAAGAAGCGAAAGAAGGAAAAAAAACUAAAAAAGAAGGAAAAGAAGUCUGUUGAGGAAACUGCUGAAGAGAAAGAACAAGAAGACGAGGUGACUUCCACUGUACGGCCUGAAGAAAUCCCUCCCAUCCCAGAGAACCGGUUCCUCAUGAGGAGAAGUCCUCCACCAGCCGAGAAGCCAAACAAGGAGGACGAAAAGGACCCGAGGAAUAAAGAGGACAGAUCCAGACAGAACGCUGGCUUAUAUAAUUCUCAGUCACCAUAUCAGAGGCGAUUUCAAGUUACCACUCGAUCAGGAAGGAAGAUAAAAGGGAGGGGACCGAGGAGGUACCGAACUCCAUCACGUUCUCGUUCAAGAUCUAGAGAUCGAUAUCGGCGUAGUGAAACUCCUCCACACUGGCGCCAGGAGAUGCAGCGUCAGAGGAUGAGGGCAGUCACCAGAGAGCGAUGGAUUAAGGGGGACAAAAGUGACUUGAUUGAUGCUAAGGAUGAAGAAACUAACGCUCCAAAACGAGAGAGAAGGACAUCCGACACAAAAGAUGAACACACGGCCGAGGGCAAAAAGGAAAAGAAAACUCGGUUGCACAGGUCUAAAAGCAAAGAGGGCGGUACUGCAGAGAAGGAUGAGCAUCACAGCAAGCACAAAGCAAAGAAAAAAGAAAAGUCUCGCAGUCGCAGUGGAAGCAGAGAAAAGAGCAGAAGGUCAAAAAGCAGAGAGAAGGCCAAUAAGCAUAAAAGUAGUGACAGAAGAGGGCGCUCAAGGAGCAAAGAAGGACAUAAAAAAGAAAAAGACUCGGAGGCAGAUCAGAGUAAAGAUAAAAUUAAAGACAAGGAAUCUGAUACGAAGCAUAAAGAAGAGGGUAAAGAAAAGGAUCAGGAGAAAACAAAGGCAAAAUCAGCAAGCAAGGAAAGAUCCAGCAGCAGAAACAGAGACAAAGGUAAAGAUGAUAAAACAGAUAAGGAAAGGGCCAGAAAAAGAAGCAGGAGUAAGGAGAGGGAGAAACGGAGAAGAGGAACAUCCAGGGAGAAGGACAGGCGGUCCAGAAGUCCAGACAGGAGUAAGACCAGAGACAGAGGCAGGCGCUCAAGAAGCAGAAGCCGUAGGAGAGACCGCAGCAGAGAAAGAUCUUCUCAAAGAAAUGACAGAAGCAGGGACUCUACCAACCGCAGGAGGCGACAUAGCAGCAGCAGGAGCAGCAGCAGCAGCUCCGACAGUGAUAGAGCAGAAAAAAGGAAGAGCCGAAAAAGUCCUGAUUCUACAAAAAGAAAGAAAUCCAGAGACAAGAGAAGCCCGGAUAGUACAAAAAGCAGAGAUAGAAAAGAUCGCAAGAAAAGUCGGUCAAGCUCUAGUUCCAGCUCCGACAGCGACUGAUCACUUUGCUUUUAAUUAACAAGCUAGUUUCAUCUGCAGAUAAACAUAAUUAGAUCUCCAGUUUAUAUAAACAGGAAGAAACUAACAUAACACCUUCUCAAAUGUGUAACUACAAACUGCUGCUUCGUGCGAACGCUAGCUCGACCUGAAAGAGCGUUGUUUUAAUCAUGGAGCUGGUUAGAGGAACUUGUAAGGCUGGCAGAAACACAAUGAUCUGGAACUGACGUUUAAUGUGAACAUAAGAAGCAAGUACCCAAUAAUAUUUUAAUCUCACAUGACCACAACAGCUCACAUUUUUGUUUUACAGAUUUGAUUCAUUUUAUUUUAGUUUUGCAGAAACCUUGCUGUCAGUCUGUGUAGUUAAAAACAAAAACAAUAUUUUACUGCAACUUUUUUCCAUUUUUACUAAGCAAAAGACCUGGAAAAGAUUAUCUUGCAUGCUCAUCCCUGUUUGCUUUAUUUAGAUGAGAUACUUGUUUCUUUUUUUACUCUGCCAAACCUUUACUGUAAUUCUGUCAUCUUUAUUUAGAAUGAAAAACAAAUGUACAAUUUCUUUCUUGGAAGAAAAUGUGGGAAUGCUGAUUAAAUUAUAAAGCUUG